AUGACAGAAGGCUCAUUUGAUGGAACUUGCCAUGCUUAUAUUGCAGGAAUUUCGACUCCUUACGACUAUGUGCCUUCCUUGGCUGCAGGAAUAGUUUUCUGUGCGCUUUUUGGAAUUUCUAUGAUGGCACAUGCUUUUCAAUCCUUCAGGAGCCGAAUGUGGUGGUGCUACCUCUUCUCCAUUGGAUGUCUGGCGGAGGUUAUUGGAUGGGCCGCUCGGACAUGGUCUGCCUUGUGCCCUUAUAACAUGGAACCAUUCAAGAUUCAGAUUGCCACAUUGAUCAUAGCACCCACUUUCUUUACCGCUGGAAUCUAUAUCAUACUGGGCCGACUGAUACGGUUUUUCGGAACGGAAUCGUCUCUGCUUAGCCCUCGGAUGUACCUUUGGAUUUUCUGCACCUGCGAUCUAAUAUCGUUGAUUGUUCAAGCGGCUGGUGGUGCCCUUGCCUCAGCGGCCCUCUCGGACCCAAAUGGAGAUACAAAGCCGGGAACGAAUAUAAUGGUAGCGGGCAUAAUCUUCCAAAUGGCAGCAAUCACAGUGUUCACCAUUUGUGCCGCUGACUUCUUGCGCCGCGUCGUCCGUCAUAAGUUGCUUUAUAUGAUGACAAGAGAAGUCAAAUGGCUGGUGAUUGCUACUGCUGCUUCCGUGGCAUUCAUCUAUAUCCGAAGUAUUUAUCGAACCGUUGAGCUGCUGCAGGGUUGGAGUGGAUACCUUAUCACGCAUGAGAAGUAUUUUAUCGCUUUCGAUGGCGCUAUGAUGGUUGCAACAGUGACAGUGUUCAACGUUUUCCAUCCCGCUUGGCUGCUACCGAUUGAGAAUUCUCUGACAUAA